UUUGUGGGGAACUAAGUCAAAACAUUCUCCCCUUCCCCCAGUUCCCACUGAAGAAACCUUACAGCAGGCGUGGGCAGGGUGUACACUGCUGAGUGUCAGAGCCGCUCAAGGCACACAGCAGGUGUCCAGGCGACCUGCCUCCUUUGUUAGCUCUUCCCCCGGCUUUUUCCUCUGCUCCCUUGCUGUGGGGCCACAGCACAGACAGCUUCCUGAUAAAACUAGGCCUCUGUAGGUCCUCCAAGAGUGGCAAGAGGGGACCAGGCUAGAGUGGCCUUCCUAGAGAAAAGGGCUGGACUAGGGGCUUAAGUGCAGUGGUCAGUCAGGCUCUGUGGAGCAUCUACACAUGACAGGGCUGUGACUUGGCAGCCGGAGACCUCUGCUGUGAAGGAACUGCCAACGAUGGCGGGCAUCUCCUGGGUAGUCAUUGAGCCUGCCCAGAACGCCACAGGUUAGUAGGAGACUGUAGGGGUGGUCUCCCAUGGGGUAGCAUGUUUCAGGGCUUAUCUCACCUGCUUCUUUGAUUCUCCGUCCCUCAGACCCUGUGGGUCUGGCCCUGGUGUAGCCUUAGGCUUGGAAGGAACGGCACUGCCCAGGCCACACCAAUGUCAGUAGCAUGGCCCGCUUUGUCCAGGUUAGGCUGGAUCUAGGUCCUUAAGGGAUGACCUUGCCUUUCUCUGGACUCCUUUAAGGACAAGACUCCACACUCUCAGGUGACAGGGAGUCUCAUCCCGCCUGAGGUCUAACUUGGAGACAGAAUGCACCAGCUAUGCAGAUGCCUGGUCUCAAUACGGUGCUCAAUACAAUGCAUACUAAAGCACCUUCUUCCCUGCCCCUUAGCAGGACCCCACUGAUUCCCAGUGUUAACAUUAGGCCCGUGCCGGUGCCCCAGGAUAAUUACCCAUCCCAAACCCAGUAGGCACUUGCUUGCCCCCUCCACCCCCUGCAGGUAAUGAGGGGAGGACACAGAUGUCCCUGGAGUCAGGUAUCGGCCCCCUGGAGAGCCACGGCCUUCAAGUUAUCUCCUAGCUGCAGGCAGGCAUCCACUCAAGGAGCAUCGGGGGCCUCAGGGUGGAGAGGCCACACCAGGAAGCUUCUGACGCCCAGAGCUCCAUUCAGCCCCAGUCCCACAGAAGCAUGAGGUGCCUUCCGCUGUUCUUCUCCGCCAUGCUGGCUGCCUGUGUCUUCUCAGAGGAGCAGACAGAAGGCAUCACCAUUGCCUACAAAGUACUGGAAGUUUAUCCCCGAAGUCGGCGAGUGCUUAUAACCUGUGACAUCCGUGAGGCACCCCGGCCCAUCACAUACUCUCUCAUAGCUAGCCGAGGUGUCCUGGUGGCAAAAAAGAUUGUGCGUGACUACACCCCGGCCUCCUUCAACAUCAAUAUCACGCUCAAGUCCAGCCCGGACCUGCUCACCUACUCUUGCCAGGCGGCCUCGAACCUGGGCACCUAUGGGCCCAGCAGCAGGCUGCAGAUGUACUCUGAACUGUGGACUAAUGGCUGUGAGCCACCAUGUGGUUGCUGGGAUUUGAACUCAGGACCUCUAGAAGAGCAAUGUGGUGCUCUUAACCACUGAGCCAUCUCUCCAGCACCCCUGCUGGCUGCCUGGGAAACCUGACUGUCUCGCUACCUUCUUAGAUAAACUGCUUGGUGUUAGCUUGGUAAGGUGGGACUUAGCUCUUGGGCCUCCACUUUUUUUUCUCCAGCAUGAUUCCCUCAAAAGCUUAGUCCAAAACAAUUUGCCAUGUGGUGGUAUGCGCCUUUAAUCCUAGUACUGUAAAAGCAGGAAGAUCCCUGUGUUCAAGUUCAGCCUGGUGUACAGAGGGAGUUCCGAUAGCCAGAGCUAUCUGUAGAGAGACCCUGCUUCAAAAACAACAAGGACAAAAAAAAAAAAAAAAGAAUUUCUUUAAAGUACAUGUUAAAGAUGAAAUUGUAUCAUAUAUACUACAAACCGUCCAGAAGCCUGGACAUUCGGUGCAGAGGGCACGCUGGCUGGGGGAGAAGGUAGCAGUCACAUUAAGUCUCUGGGUUCACUUGACACAUCAGGAGGAGAAUUUAUUUGGGAUGUGAAAAGCUUCUCCACCACACCUAUGCUACCCUCUUCCACCCCGUCAGAGCCAGUGUCUCAGCUGCAGGCUGACUUCGUCCUACGGGAUGGGGAUUCAGGUCCCACUGCAGAGCUGUCCUGCCUGGCAUCCUCAGGCAGCCCACCCAUCACCUACCGCCUGGUGGGGAAUGAUGGGCGUGUAUUGGCACAG